CAUGACCACGUUUCAGAAGAUAACUGUGGUUUCGUGUGUGUGUGUUUGUGUCGCUCUGCUGCUACCGAAACUGCUUUUAUCCGGAGCAGGAGGAGGAGGACGGAGGGAUCCAGUCAGUGCUGAGGCGCUUUUAACAAUUCCCUAAUGAACAAGCCGGAGGUGACGGCAGUGAGGAAAAACUCCCUGAGAUGAUAAGAGGAAGAAACCUGGAGAGGAACCAGACUCAGAAGUGAACCUCAUCCUCAUUUGGGUGACACUCUACAGUAAAUAGUGUAAAUACCUGAUUGCUGAUAAACACCAGAACAUACAGCUGACUGACACAACAUUGGUUCAGAAGAAGACAUGACGUCUCUGGGUGGCUUCAUACACAACAAUCCCAUGAGACACUGACUGACCAUGAAGAUCAAUCUCUUGGUCAGCCAGUGACUUAUGGGGUAGAACAUCAGGAUUGACGAAGUAGCUCCGUAAGAAGAGACGAUCACGCUAGGAACUCGGAACACUGGGAGCACACACACACCACACACACUCACUCACUCACUCACACACACACACACACACACACACACACACACACACACACACACACACACACUAACUCACACACUCACUCACCCACACACACACUCACUGACACACACAUACACACACACAGAAGCACAGUGACUGUACGGUCAGAUAAAAUAUUCAAUGUGUGUAUGCAGGAGCUCGUUUCCCUCCUAUGCUCCAGAGGAAGUCAGUACCGGCGCCCCCUCGAGGUGCAGGAGGGAACAGCGCUCAUCAAUCUGAGGCCAUCUCCAGGGCUAAAGGCAGCACAGCAGGGGCAGGAAAAUCCAACCUGGCAGGACAGAUCAUUCCUGUUUACGGAUUUGGAAUCCUGCUCUACAUUCUCUACAUUAUCUUCAAGAUCACAUCUAGAAGGAAAAUGAAUAAAUCUCACGAGAGCCGAUUUCCUGCAGCGAGAUCAGAGAACAUGAAGAGAAAAAUCACGGAUUUCGAGUUGACGCAGCUGCAGGAACGUUUGAAGGAGACGGAGGAGGUGAUGGAGAGAAUCGUAUCAAGAGCUCGAGACACACGGAGAGCAGAGUGUGUGAGUGUGGAUCAGGAGGAGAAGCUGCUGCUCCAGCUCAGAGAGAUCACUCGGGUGAUGCAGGAGGGACGUUUAUUAGACAGUUUUCCUUCUGAGGCGGAGUGUGAUCAGUCUAUAGAUGAUCCUGAGGAGAUGCUGAAACACUGGAGUUCUCAUUGCUGCCCCGUCCACCAUCAGACGGACGAGGAGACGGGGCGAGCAGACAGACGGACAGACGGCUGCGAAAGAAACGAAUGUGGUGAUGUAGGAGGUGAGGAAGAGGAAGAGAUUUGUACAGAGAUGAUGGAGCAGUCUGAGAUCCAGAGCUGGAACACAUUACUGUCAGGAGGCCACAUGAUCAGAUGCAGGAGCAGGAGAGGAACCACCCAAGGAACUGAAUCCUCUCACUGAUGAUGAAAUAAUUUCUGCACUUAAUUUUUUUUAUGCAUGCUGUUUCACUUUCACCACGUGUCAUUUCUGUUCACGUGUUCUUGCAUGCUGAUGAUUCCUCUUUAUCUUGUAAAAAUUGAACAAAUAAAGAGUAAAAGGGA